GUCUGCGCCUUUGAUACUCCCACUUCGUCUCUUUCUCUCCCAUCUCCUACACACAUUCCACCUUCUUCCUCCACUUUCAGAUCCAAAAACACACACAGACUGUGUGAAGAUUUCAUAAUUCAACACAGAAAGGAGGAAGAACACUGUGUGUAUCAGCAAUGGAGGCGCCUAAAAACCCGAUCGCUCUGUGGUCCUUUCUGCUACCAAUGCUGUUGCUUGUUGGAGUCGUUGUAGCUCUUGGCAACACCUCAAAACCUAGGAAUAUCGAGAUAAACGAGUUGCCGAGCUUCAACGACUCAUCAAUGGCUGCUAGAAUCAAGAAAAUUGAAACUUUGAACGAAAAGGCAGUUCAAGAUCCGGAGGAGGUAGUCGCCAUGGUUGAAAUGAGCGUGAAAAACAGCACAAACAGAAGAAAACUAGGGUACUUUUCAUGUGGAACCGGUAACCCCAUCGACGACUGUUGGCGGUGUGACCGUAACUGGCAACGUAACCGUAAGCGACUCGCAGACUGCGGUAUCGGUUUCGGCCGUAACGCAAUCGGCGGCCGUGACGGCCGCUACUACGUAGUGACAGACUCCAGUGACAAUGACCCAAUCAACCCACGACCUGGCACCCUGCGCCACGCUGUCAUCCAAGACGCACCACUUUGGAUCGUUUUCAAACGUGACAUGGUGAUUAAGUUGAAACAAGAACUAAUCAUGAAUAGUUUUAAGACGAUUGAUGCUCGUGGAGUUAACGUGCAUAUUGCGAAUGGAGCUUGUCUUACGAUACAAUUUGUUACGAAUAUUAUUGUUCAUGGGUUGCAUAUACAUGACUGUCGACCGACUGGGAACGCGUUAGUGAGAAGCUCGCCUGAGCAUUAUGGAUGGCGGACUAUGGCGGAUGGUGAUGCGAUAUCGAUAUUCGGGUCGAGUCAUAUUUGGAUUGAUCAUAAUUCGUUGUCGAACUGUGCGGAUGGACUUGUGGAUGCAGUUAUGGGUUCUACUGCUAUCACGAUUUCGAAUAAUUACUUCACUCAUCAUAACGAGGUGAUAUUGUUGGGACAUAGUGAUUCAUAUUAUAGAGACAAGCUAAUGCAAGUGACUAUUGCCUACAAUCAUUUUGGAGAAGGUCUUAUUCAAAGAAUGCCAAGAUGUAGACAUGGGUAUUUCCAUGUGGUGAACAAUGACUAUACCCAUUGGGAGAUGUAUGCUAUCGGUGGAAGUGCCGGCCCUACCAUCAAUAGCCAAGGCAAUAGAUUCAUGGCCCCUGCAAAUCCUUUUGCAAAGGAGGUUACGAAGAGGGUGGAAACAGACCCACGACAUUGGCACGGAUGGAAUUGGAGAUCCGAGGGUGACCUACUUCUUAACGGCGCUUAUUUCGUCCCAUCCGGCGCCGGAGCCUCCGCAAGCUACGCCCGGGCGUCAAGUUUGGGUGCCAAGUCAUCUUCCAUGGUGGCCACCAUCACCUCCGGUGCCGGAGCUCUUAACUGCCGCAGAGGUGGCCAGUGUUAAUAGGCAAUCUCAGCCGUCGAUCCAUUUGGUAAUUAAAGACCCAUUUUCUUUUUUCCCAUUGUUUCUACUGUCACAUAUAUUUAUACGUAUAGAUUCCGUAUCCACAUAUGCUUCCAUAUAUAUAUAUAUAUUUAUUAUGAACAUUUUAUACAAUGUUUUUUUGGAUAAUUUCUUUCAUCCCAUUGUCGUCUCCACAACAAGGUCGACUAAGCUUCAUUGAACAGAAAGUAUAAAUUCUCCGAUUGUUGGUUUUUAGGAGCAAGGCGCGAUCGAUGCCUUUUGAUUUUUUUUUUUUUUGACAUUGUGAUCGAAUGAUCAACUGUUUUCGUGAUUACGUGUUAUUGAAUAUGUUGUAUAGGAUUAUUACUGGAUUGGAUCCAUAUAUUUUAUUUGUGGAAUUCUAGUUAAUUGAAUUAAAUAAAUGUAAUGUGAAAUAAAAUGUAAAACUAUUGGUAUA